GUCCGGAACCGCUAGCGCCAAUUCGCGGCCCCUGGGCAUGACACCGUGGCCAUGGCGCAGCUGCAGCCUGGCGACGCUGCAGCACGACGCUGCAGCACGAGUCUUGGAGCAGUUCAAAGGCAGCUUGCCCUUGACCGUGGCGGAGCUCCUCCACCUCUUCGAGCUGUUGGCACUUCCGGGCGUAGGGCUCCUGGAGUAUGCGGGUCUUUCCGCCACGUCGCUGGAGGCAGAAGUGGACAUGCAGUGCUUUUGCGACUUCCUCUUUGACCAACACUUAGGGCAUGAGUUCCGAGCCGUCAGCGUUUGGCAUUUGACGCACGCACUGUUGCCUGCUGUGGAAGCUGCUGGGCACUUGGCCACCGCCAGGGUGUAUGAGAUUGAGCCCACGGUGAUACGGCCCAAGGGCUACAAGGUGAGAUGCCUGCGCGAUGGCAGGAUGGGCUCCGCCUAUGUGGACGGCAUCUUUGGACCAUGUCAUGCAGGGCCAGCGUCCUUCAUGCUGAGCUACACCUGGGGAUACCAGGUGGGCGACAUCGCAGAGACGUUGAAUGACUUCUGCGAAAAACACGAGCUGAAGCCCCAAGAGGCUUAUGUUUGGAUUUGCUGUCUGUGCAUCAACCAACACCGGGUGCACGAGGCCUCCAGCAGGGGUGAUGUGGUGCCCUUCGAGCAGUUCGAACGGGCCUUUGGGGAGAGAGUGAGCGGCAUUGGCCAUGUGAUUGCCAUGAUGUCUCCCUGGGAUGAUCCACUCUACAUCUCCCGCGUGUGGUGCGACUUCGAGAUGUUUACAGCCAUUUGUGUGGCCAAGAGCCAGGUCACCGUGGUGAUGCCGCCCAGCGAGGCCAUGGACCUGCGAGCGGAGCUCAUGCACGGCCGAGGUAUUGGUGCGGUUUGGAACACCUUGUCCAAGCUUAACGUGGAAUGUGCACAAGCGUCCGUUUCCCGAGACCGGGAGCUGAUUCUGGAGAUGAUCCAGCAAGGGCCUGGCUAUCAUCGCUUGAACACGGUCAUUGGGGAGCACUUGAAGGAGUGGAUCCUUUGCGCAUGUGAGGGGCACAUCCUACGAAGCUUGGAGGUGGAGGAGCUGGAAGAUGACCACGCCAUUGCCGGCCUUUGCAACGAGGUUGGGAGCCUUUUGAUCUCGUUGGGAUAUCUGGAACGUGCUGAGCACUUGCUGCAAGAGGGUCUCAGGCUGAAGGAGCAGCACUUGGAUUUGGAGAAAUCUGCUGAUGGGGCUGAGCUGAUGUCCAACCUUGGAGAGAUUUAUGAGAAGAAAGGGGAUUUGGAGGCAGCUUCACAGCUUUACCAGCGCGCGACGCGCGCCUUCCAGCUGUGCAGCCCGGCGUCGACCGCGGCGAUGGCCAAAGCCACGUCGCUGCGGCGGCUGGGGCGCUUGCGGGGCGUCCAGGGCGACCUGGCGGCGAAGCUGGAGCUGUACAGCUCGGCACGGCAGGUCUUGGAGGAGGCGGAGAGCCUUCAAACGCCGGAAGGCGCAGUGCUGCUGAACAGCCUGGGCGCGGCCAAGCGACAGGAGGGCGAUCUGGAGGCUGCACUGGAAGCGUAUGAGGCCGCGUUGAAGAUUCAUGCGAGCCUCCAGACAAUUGACACUCCCGAGGGGGCCGCCUUGUUGUCGAACAUUGGAGUGGCCCGGAUGAAGCAAAAGAAGAAGAAGAAAGCGAAGCAGGCUUUCGAGCAAGCGCUGACCAUCCGAGAGAAGACGGGGACGCUGGAGACCACGGCGGGGGCCACCUUGUUGACCAACAUCGCUGAGCUCAAGGCGUUGCUGGGAGAUGCGGAGGGGGAGCUGGAGCUCUACUUGCAGGCGAAGGUGAUCCGCGAGAAGACGGGAACCUUGCACUCGGCUGCUGGCGCGGUCGUUUUGUCCCACCUCGGUGGCAUCUAUGCGCGCCGCGAGGAGCUCGACGUGGCACUGCAGUGGCUGCAACUGGCACGGGAGGCGCGAGAGAAGUCGGGAACUCUGGUCUGCGAGGCGGGCGCGCGGCUCCUGGCGAAGACCGCCGAGCUCCACGCGGGUCGCGAGGCGGCCGAGGAGGCGGCGCGGCUCUUCGCGCGGGCGCGGGAGGUGCGCGAAGCCACUGGGACCAUCGAGACGGACACAGGAGUCAAGUUAUUCUCCCAGAUGGCUUCCUUCUACGCCAAGCGCGGCGACUUUGACACGGCCAUUCAGGCCUGGCAAGAUGCCAAAAAGGCAUGCGAAGCCAUCGACGAAUGGUCCAAGAUGAUGGGAGUCAGGCUGUUGGAACAACUGGGGGCCCUUCAUGCUGAGCAGGCUGCCCGAGCAGCAGAAUUGGAGGCACUGCAGUCAGCUGCCGCGCAGAGGGAAGUGUUGGAGAAGGUGACGGGAGCUCUAGCCUCGAAGCUCUUUGCAAGGAUCGCUGAACUACAGCUGGAGAUGGGGAACAGCAGUGAGUCCGAGCGAUUCCAGGAGAAGGCCGCUGCAGCCCUCAAGAAGAUGGCCAACAUCGAUGAAGUCGAAGGGGAGACCAUGAGUGCUGAGGUCGUGUAGGGCCCUGCCAAUCCCUGCCAUGGCGGCCCUGCAGGGCUGGUGAAUGUGGCUGCCAAAGGAUGCGGCCAAUGAGAUAGACGUCGAGAGAAGACCAGGCGUUCGGUGGGGACACGACGGGGUCUCCCAAGGAUGACCAUCGAAGCAUUCGGGUGUUUUCCGAGGCACAAUGAGAUGUGAUGAGGCAGCUGCGAGGUCAGUGGCUCACAGGGAGGGUGCAC